AUCCAGAUCUCUUACCUUAAAUUGCGCAGCUUGUGCUCAGCAGAUACAUCAACACCCACACCUGAUGAGAAAUGGCUUUCCAACCUGGAAGGAACCAGGUGGCUUGACUAUGUGAGGUUAUGCCUGAAGAAAGCCAGCGAAGUUGCCAUCUUGUUGGGUGAGCGGAGGCGAUCAGUAGUCCUUCAAGAAUCCGAUGACCGGGACUUGAACUGUCUGUUGGCAUCGUUAGUCCAGUUGAUUCUGGACCCCCACACACGAACCUUGUCCGGCUACCAGAGUUUGGUUCAGAAGGAGUGGGUCUCCGCAGGACAUCCUUUCAUGCAGAGGAUAAACCACUUCAAAAGAUCUGACAAGGAGGAGUCUCCGGUGUUUCUGUUGUUCCUGGACUGCGUCUGGCAGUUUGUGCAGCAGUCACCAACAGCCUUCGAGUUUACAGAAUCCUAUCUGAUGGCCCUGCAUGAUAGCACUUACAACCUGUUCUGUAGCACCUUUACUCACAACUGCCACUGGGACCGCAUAAGAGGAAGCCAGCGACACUCGUCCAGCCAGACGUACACACCGGUGAAUGGCUGGAGAGACAUAGUGAGAGAGAAAAUACUGUUGAAUGGAGAUUACAAGCCAGUGGAAGACAUGAAGGCAGUUCCUCCAACAGUCUGGGAAUGGAGCCUAUUCUACAGUCAUGUGCGCAGGAAGCAGUUCCGGAACCCAGUAUAUCAAGUCAGGGAACUUGCUGUAUUAAACGGCAAUGGAACCGGGCAUAAUGCUGACAAGAUGAAUGUUUCCAACAGCUGCAGUGUGUACCUGCUCUCCAAGGGGUCCCUCAUCCUGCAGUCUCCGUUAUUCCCAAGGAAAAUCGGUACAGUGUCCAAGCGAACGGCUCGCCGUGCCCAAUCUACUGAGAGUCUACUGGAAGAAGAAAAGCCGUCUAGGAGUAACGUCACCACUUACAGCCCCAUAGAGGACCUUCUAUUUCCUAUAAGUGUGGGGCCUUGGGUCACACUAUGGAAAAGAUGUUACUUGCGCUACACCACAGACAUGACACAGCAUGACACACGGGCCAUCCUCCAGAGACCAGCCUAGUCGAGGAGCUGAGGAUUCUUGAAGACAGAUUGAGGAACCUCCAUACAAACAGCCAAGAUCAGAGACUUGGAGUAUCCAGCCAACCCAAUGGCCUUACCCCUUCUUCUGACCGAUAG